AUGCAAAAGGAGUUGGUAAUUUGUAUAAUUAAAUUGAUCAUAAACCUUCAAUUAGACACUUUUUGGAAAAUGUACUGAAGCAGGUCUAACUGCAUUCUGUGGUUGAGAGACAUUUAGUAAUCGCAUAGGUUUUGUUCAGCCUUGCACCUGUCGAUGCCACCUAAACAGUGAGUUGCAGCAUGGCAGAAGCUACGUAGAACCAUUUUUAUAUUUAUUUAGCAGACACUCUUAUCCAGAGCGACUUACAGGAGCAAUUAGGGUUAAGUGCCUUGCUCAAGGGCACAUUGACAGAUUUUUCACCUAGUUAGCUCAGGGAUUUGAACAAGUGACCUUUCGGUUACUGGUCCAACGCUCCUAACCGCUAGGUUACCUGCCGCCCAUCAUCCCUGUGCCCUGAGACUGUGUCAAAGACAGUAGCCUAAUGCUGUUGUUUAAACCCUAUAUGGCAGGUCAUCUCCAGCGUGGGAACGCUAGUUACACUGAAUCGUCCUGUCAUAGGUUCUCCAAAUGGCACCCUAUUCACUAUAGUGCACUACUUUUUACCAUAGCCCCUAGUCAAAAGUAGUGCACUACAUAGGGAAUAGGGUGCCAUUUGGAACGCAGUUUUACAUGCCACCGAAGCUGAGACUCUGUCCUAGUGUUGCCACCACUGCAUCAUGUGUUCUCACACAUGGGGCUAUAAGCAUGUUAUCUUUGUCUUAUCCUUGGUGUGUAGUUUCAGUGUAUCAGAAUCAAUACCUACUACGUCAUCACACCUAAUCUGUCAUGCACACACACACACACAGACACACACACACACACACACACAUCAUAGAGGACUGCUGAGUGAUAAGUGUGGACUGAUCAGUGUACAGUUGAGACUAACAGGUGCUGCCAUGUACUACAACAGUGAUCUUUAACCCCAAUCAACAUAUCUCAGUACUAAUCAACUAUAAUCUCUCCAAUUUAGGAUUAUAGUGACUUUUGUGUCAUAUCAUUUUCCUGUCCCUAACAGCAGUACAGAUCUGCUAUCUUAAUUUGAUCACUCUGUUGUCGCAGAGAAUAUUCCUGUGCAUAAGGAAAUGCAAAUUGUAGUGUAUUCAGGCCUUUGAAAAGUAUUCUAAAGUUGAUAAUUUCCACUUCAAAAUGUCAGACUUGCCCUAACCAAGAAUGUAUCCACCCCUAAAAAAAGGUCCAUUAAUUAUAAUUCCGAUAAUAAUUAACAUUUCCUGUUGUUGCAGGAUUCUUUUCCUGCUAUGAGAAGCAGAGUCAAAUUAAGAUAUUGCAUUCGUAUGAGCCAGCAGUAAUCAUUCCCAGGUGUGUUGGAUGUUCUGACCUGUUGGUGACCUGUUGGUGACCUGUUGGAUCCUAUGUAUGUGUUGUGCAGGAGGCAGCAUGUGCCUAUGUGAUCAUCCUGAUGGCAGUGUACUGGUGUACAGAGGCCUUACCGCUGGCUGUCACUGCCCUGCUCCCUGCUGUCCUCUUCCCCAUGUUUGGCAUCAUGCAGUCCAAAGACGUAAGACAGCCUCUACUGCAUGCCAUGAAGACCUUUCAAUAACAUGAUGAAGAAACUACUAUAAAACUGUACUAAUGAAACUGUACUAUAGUAGCCUACUGAUAUUCAAUAUAUACUGAACAAAAAUAUAAACGCAACAUGUAAAGUAUUGGUCCCAUGUUUCAUGAGCUGAAAUAAAAGGUCCCAGAAAUGUUCCAUACGCACAAAUUUGUUUACAUCCCUGUUAGUCAGCAUUUCUCCUUUGCCAAGACAAUCCAUCCACCUGACAGGUGUGGCAUAUCAAGAAGCUGAUUAAACAGCAUGAUCAUUACACAGGUGAACCUUGUGCUGGAGACAAUAAAAGGCCACUCUAAAAUGUGCAGUUUUGUCACACAACACAACGUCACAGAUGUCUCAAGUUUUGAGGGAGCAUGCAAUUGGCAUGAUGACUGCAGGAAUGUCCAACAGAGCUGUUGCCAGAGAAUGUAAUGUUCAUUUCUCUACCAUAAGCCGCCUCCAACAUUGUUUUAGAGAAUUUGGCAAUACGUCCAACCGGCCUCACAACUGCAGACCAUGUGUAACCACGCCAGCCCAGGACCUCCAUAUCUGGCUUCUUCACCUGCGGGAUCGUUUGAGACCAGCCACCCGGACAGCUGAUGAAACUGAGGAGUAUUUAUGUCUGUAAUAAAGCCCUUUUGUGGGGAAAAACUAAUUCUGAUUGGCUGGGUCUGGCUCCCCAGUGGGUGGGCUUGGCUCCCAAGUGGGUGGGCCUAUGCCCUCCCAGGCCCACCCAGAGCUGCUUCCCUGCCCAGUCAUGUGAAAUCCAUAGAUUAGGGCCUAAUGAAUUUAUUUCAAUUGACUGAUGUCCUUAUAUGAACUGUAACUCAGUAUAAUCGUUGAAAUUGUUGCAUGUUGCGUUUAUAUUUUUGUUCAGUAUACUUCACAAUGGUGUCUGCACAUUGUUUUAGUAGAUACAGUAUUGGUAGAUGUUUGCAUGAGCUUACACAAAUACAAUGUGGACCCAUGAGUCACUUGUCUGUGUGUGUCUUCCAGGUGUGUAUGCAGUACCUGAAGGACACCAACAUGCUGUUUGUGGGAGGACUGAUGGUGGCGGUGGCAGUGGAGCACUGGAACCUGCACAAACGCAUUGCCCUCCGAGUGCUGCUCUUUGUAGGGGUGCGCCCUGCUCUGUGAGUGACCCUCAACUAACUAACUAACUAACUAACUAACUAACUAACUAACUAACUAACUAACUACAGUGCCUUGCAAAAUUAUUCAUCCCCCUUGGCAUUUUUCCUAUUUUGUUGCAUUACAACCUGUAAUUUAAAUUGAUUUUUAUUUGGAUUUCAUGUAAUGGACAUACACAAAAUAGUCCAAAUUGGUGAAGUGAAAUUUAAAAAAUAACGUUUAAAAAAAUUCUAAAAAAUAAAAGUGGUGCGUGCAUAUGUAUUCACCCACUUUGCUAUGAAGUCCCUAAAUAAGAUCUGGUGCAACCAAUUACCUUCAGAAGUCACAUACUUAUUUAAAUAAAGUCCACCUGUGUGCAAUCUAAGUGUCACAUGAUUUCAGUAUAUAUACACCUGUUCUGAAAGGCCCCAGAGUCUGCAACACCACUAAGCAAGGGGCACCACCAAGCAAGCGGCAUCAUGAAGACCAAGGAGCUCUCCAAACAGGUCAGGGACAAAGUUGUGGAUAAGUACAGAUCAGGGUAGGGUUAUAAAAAAAUAUCAGAAACUUUGAACAUCCCACGGAGCACCAUUUAAUCCAUUAUUAAAAAAUGGAAAGAAUAUGGCACCACAACAAACUUGCCAAGAGAGGGACGCCCACAAAAACACACGGACCAGACAAGGAUGGCAUUAAUCAGAGAGGCAACAAAGAGACAAAAGAUAACCCUGAAGGAGCUGCAAAGCUCCACAGCAGAGAUUAGAGUAUCUGUCCAUAGGACCACUUUAAGCCGUACAUUCCACAGAGCUGGGAUUUACGGGAGAGUGGCCAGAAAAAAAUAAGCAAACACAUUUGGUGUUCGCCAAAAGGCAUGUGAGAGACUCCUCAAACAUAUGGAAGAAGGUACUCUGGUCAGAUGAGACUAAAAUGUAGGUUUUUGGCCAUCAAGGAAAACGCUAUGUCUGGCGCAAACCCAACACCUCUCAUCACCCCGAGAACGCCAUCCAGCAUGGUGGUGGCAGCAUCAUGCUGUGGGGAUGUUUGUCAUCGGCAGGGACUGGGAAACUGGUCAGAAUUGAAGGAAUGAUGGAUGGCGCUAAAUACAGGGAAAUUCUUGAGGGAAACCUGUUUCAGUCUUCCAGAGAUUUGAGACUGGGACGGAGGUUCACCUUCCAGCAGAACAAUGACCCUAAGCAUACUGCUAAAGCAACACUCGAGUGGUUUAAGGGGAAACAUUUACAUGUCUUGGAAUGGCCUAGUCAAAGCCCAAACCUCAAUCCAAUUGAUAAUCUGUGGUAUGACUUAAAGAUUGCUGUACACCAGCGGAACCCAUCCAACUUGAAGGAGCUGGAGCAGUUUUGCCUUGAAGCAAAAAUCCCAGUGGCUAGAUGUGCCAAGCUUAUAGAAACAUACCCCAAGAGACAUGCAGCUGUAAUUGCUGCAAACGGUGGCUCUACAAAGUAUUGACUUUGGGGGGGUGAAUAGUUAUGCACGCUCAAGUUUUCAGUUUUUUUGUCUUAUUUCUUGUUUGUUUCACAAAAAAAAAUAUUUUGCAUCUUCAAAGUGGUAGGCAUGUUGUGUAAAACAAAUGAUACAAACCCCCCAAAAAUCCAUUUUAAUUCCAGGUUGUAAGGCAACAAAAUAGGAAAAAUGCCAAGGGGGGUGAAUACUUUUGCAAGCCACUGUAACUAACUAAAUUAGCUAACUAACUAACCCAUCAAUACAAAUCCCCUGCUAUAUCUAUCUCUAGAGAAGGGAAAUCCGUUCAUCUUUAUGACUAUCUACAGGUACAGUGGGGAAAAAAAGUAUUUAGUCAGCCACCAAUUGUGCAAGUUCUCCCACUUAAAAAGAUGAGAGAGGCCUGUAAUUUUCACCAUAGGUACACGUCAACUAUGACAGACAAAAUGAGAUUUAUUUUCUCCAGAAAAUCACAUUGUAGGAUUUUUUAUGAAUUUAUUUGCAAAUUAUGGUGGAAAAUAAGUAUUUGGUCAAUAACAAAAGUUUCUCAAUACUUUGUUAUAUACCCUUUGUUGGCAAUGACACAGGUCAAACGUUUUCUGUAAGUCUUCACAAGGUUUUCACACACUGUUGCUGGUAUUUUGGCCCAUUCCUCCAUGCAGAUCUCCUCUAGAGCAGUGAUGUUUUGGGGCUGUCGCUGGGCAACACGGACUUUCAACUCCCUCCAAAGAUUUUCUAUGGGGUUGAGAUCUGGAGACUGGCUAGGCCACUCCAGGACCUUGAAAUGCUUCUUACGAAGCCACUCCUUCGUUGCCCGGGCGGUGUGUUUGGGAUCAUUGUCAUGCUGAAAGACCCAGCCACGUUUCAUCUUCAAUGCCCUUGCUGAUGGAAGGAGGUUUUCACUCAAAAUCUCACGAUACAUGGCCCCUUUCAUUCUUUCCUUUACACGGAUCAGUCAUCCUGGUCCCUUUGUAGAAAAACAGCCCCAAAGCAUGAUGUUUCCAACCCCAUGCUUCACAGUAGGUAUGGUGUUCUUUGGAUGCAACUCAGCAUUCUUUGUCCUCCAAACACGACGAGUUGAGUUUUUACCAAAAAGUUCUAUUUUGGUUUCAUCUGACCAUAUGACAUUCUCCCAAUCCUCUUCUGGAUCAUCCAAAUGCACUCUAGCAAACUUCAGACGGGCCUGGACAUGAACUGGCUUAAGCAGGGGGACACAUCUGGCACUGCAGGAUUUGAAUCCCUGGCGGCGUAGUGUGUUACUGAUGUUAGGCUUUGUUUCUUUGGUCCCAGCUCCCUGCAGGUCAUUCACUAGGUCCCCCCGUGUGGUUCUGGGAUUUUUGCUCACCGUUCUUGUGAUCAUUUUGACCCCACGGGGUGAGAUCUUGCGUGGUGCCCCAGAUCGAGGGAGAUUAUCAGUGGUCUUGUAUGUCUUCCAUUUCCUAAUAAUUGCUCCCACAGUUGAUUUCUUCAAACCAAGCUGCUUACCUAUUGCAGAUUCAGUCUUCCCAGCCUGGUGCAGGUCUACAAUUUUGUUUCUGGUGUCCUUUGACAGCUCUUUGGUCUUGGCCAUAGUGGAGUUUGGAGUGUGACUGUUUGAGGUUGUGGACAGGUGUCUUUUAUACUGAUAACAAGUUCAAACAGGUGCCAUUAAUACAGGUAACGAGUGGAGGACAGAGGAGCCUCUUAAAGAAGAAGUUACAGGUCUGUGAGAGCCAGAAAUCAUGCUUGUUUGUAGGUGACCAAAUACUUAUUUUCCACCAUAAUUUGCAAAUAAAUUCAUUAAAAAUCCUACAAUGUGAUUUUCUGGAUUUUCUUUUCUCAAUUUGUCUGUCAUAGUUGACGUGUACCUAUGAUGAAAAUUACAGGCCUCUCUCAUCUUUUUAAGUGGGAGAACUUGCACAAUUGGUGGCUGACUAAAUACUUUUUUUCCCCACUGUAUAUUAUAUUGUAUUGACCUUGCCAUUAUACAGUUGAAGUCGGAAGUUGACAUAAACCUUAGCCAAAUACAUUUAAACUCAGUUUUUCACAACUCCUGACAUUAAAUCCUAGUAAAAAUCCCUGUCAGUUAGGAUCACCACUUUAUUUUAAGAAUGUGAAAUGUCAGAAUAAUAGUAGAGAGAAGGAUUUAUUUAAGCUUUUAUUUCUUUCAUCACAUUCCCAGUGGGUCAGAAGUUUACAUACACUCAAUUAGUAUAUGGUAGCAUUGCCUUUAAAUUGUUUAACUUGGGUCAAACGUUUCGGGUAGCCUUCCACAAGCUUCCCACAAUAAGUUGGGUGAAUUUUGGCCCAUUCCUCCUGACAGAGCUGGUGUAACUGAGUCAGGUUUGUAGGCCUCCUUGCUCGCACAUGCUUUGCCCACAAAUGUUCUAUAGGAUUGUGAUGGCCACUCCAAUACCUUGACUUUGUUGUCCUUAAGCCAUUUUGCCACAACUUUGGAAGUAUGCUUGGGGUCAUUGUCCAUUUGGAAGACCCAAGCUUUAACUUCCUGACUGAUGUCUUGAGAUGUUGCUUCAAUAUAUCCAAAUAAUUUUCCUUCCUCAUGAUGCCAUCUAUUUUGUGAAGUGCACCAGUCCCUCCUGCAGCAAUGCACCCCCACAGCAUGAUGCUGCCACCCCCGUGCUUUACGGUUGGGAUGGUGUUCUUCGGCUUGCAAGUCCCCCUUUGUCCUCCAAACAUAACGAUGGUCAUUAUGGCCAAACAGUUCUAUUUUUGUUUCAUCAGACCAGAGGACAUUUCUCCAAAAAGUACGAUCUUUGUCCCCAUGUGCAGUUGCAAACAGUAGUCUGGCUUUUUUAUGGCGGUUUUGGAGCAGUGGCUUCUUCCUUGCUGAGCGGCCUUUCAGGUUAUGUCGAUAUAGGACUCAUUUUACUGUGGAUAUAGAUACUUUUGUACCUGUUUCCUCCAGCAUCUUUACAAGGUCCUUUGUUGUUGUUCUGGGAUUGAUUUGCACUUUUCGCACCAAAGUAUGUUCAUCUCUACGAGACAGAACUCUCCUUCCUGAGCGGUAUGACGGCUACGUGGUCCCAUGGUGUUUAUACUUGCGUACUAUUGUUUGUACAGAUGAACGUGAUACCUUCAGGUGUUUGGAAAUUGCUCCCAAGGAUGAACCAGACUUGUGGAGGUCUACAAUUUUUUUUCUUGACUGAUUUGUUUUCAUUUUCCCAUGAUGUCAAGCAAAGAGGCACUGAGUUUGAAGUUAGGCCUUGAAAUACAUCCACAGGUACACCUCCAAUUGACUCAAAUGAUGUCAAUUAGCCUAUCAGAAGCUUCUAAAGCCAUGACACCAUUUUCUGGAAUUUUCCAAGCUGUUUAAAGGCACAGUCAACUUAGUGUAUGUAAACUACUGACCCACUGGAAUUGUGAUACAGUGAAUUAUAAGUGAAAUAAUCUGUCUGUAAACAAUUGUUGGAAGAAUUACUUGUGUCAUGCACGAAGUAGAUGUCCUAACCGACUUGACAAAACUAUAGUUUGUAAACAAUACAUUUGUGGAGUGGUUGAAAAACGAGUUUUAAUGACUCCAACCUAAGUGUAUGUAAACUUCCGACUUCAACUGUACAUGAUGUGGACACAUUACCUAACAUUUCACUCUCUCUGUGUCAGAGGGUAUUCUGCCUUUUACUUGGUCUGAUCCAUCUCAGUAAAGCCCAUUGAGACACUUUGCCAAUUUUAUGCAUAGAUGAAUAUAACAUUUUAUAAGCCUUGUUAUAAGACCUUCUUAAAGCUCAUACAUGCUUAUAACAAGUUAUAAAGCAUUAAACCUGUAUGCUAUGCUUUAAGUAAAGUGUUACAGAAUAUUCUUAUUCCACAUUUCUUUGCUGAGGCCUGUGUUUCCUCCAUGGAGAUCCUAUAAUUGCUAUGAUUCUCUGUCAUUCUAUGAUUUCCUCUCUUUCCAGUCUGAUGCUGGGCUUCAUGGGGGUGACAGCCUUCCUGUCCAUGUGGAUCAGUAACACAGCCACCACAGCCAUGAUGGUACCCAUCGUCCAGGCUGUUCUGGAGCAGCUCAACAACUACAAAGAGACUGAGAUGCCUGUGAUCCUCAGUACUGAGGAGGGUACCCAGCUUCAGGACACCACUGACAGCAAACAAACAGAGAAACAGGCAGAGGGACAUGGUGAGCACUGAGCAGAGAAGGACAAAUUAAUGAACAGUUCAUUUGUGCGUUUAAUGAAAGGGGUUAUUAUCCAUUGAAUGAGCUCGGGGACCAUGUAAGCUUAUUAGGGAGCAUAUGUAUGAGCAGUGUGCAUUGCAAAUGUUUGCUUUGAGACUAUUUGGGCUAUGUUAACGUUCCUAUUUGGACUGUGUUUGUCCAGUUGUGGUGACCUGUUUAGACCCGUUUAUGGAGGCUAUCCAGCGUAAGGAGGCUGCAGACAAGAAGAAGAUGUGUAAGGGCAUGACGCUGUGUGUCUGCUACGCUGCCAGCAUCGGGGGCACUGCCACCCUCACAGGGACUGGACCCAACCUGGUGCUCAAGGGACAGAUGAACCAGUGGGUACUUUCAGCUAUGGAUUGUGUCCUCAGUGUAUUUCAGUACUUUCAGCUAUGGAUUGUGUCCUCAGUGUAUUUCAGUACUUUCAGCUAUGGAUUGUGUCCUCAGUGUAUUUCAGUACUUUCAGCUAUGGAUUGUGUCCUCAGUGUAUUUCAGUACUUUCAGCUAUGGAUUGUGUCCUCAGUGUAUUUCAGUACUUUCAGCUAUGGAUUGUGUCCUCAGUGUAUUUCAGUACUUUCAGCUAUGGAUUGUGUCCUCAGCAGUGGCGGCUCCUGAAAAAAUUCUCAGGAGGGGCAAUUUUUCUGAUGAUUUAGGUGACCUACACACAUUUUUAAAAAGAUAUGUCCAGCAACAACAUGAAGACAGGGGCAGCAUAUAAGUCAAUACCAGAAGCAUUUAUUGACUGAUCUCAAAAGUGUUGGCUUACAAAAGCAAAAUAAGUUAUCACAGUAAAAAUAAUCAAGGGUGUUCUUUCACAUUCCUCAACACUGCAUAAACAAUAUGUAUGGCUUUGUAAAAAUGAACAACCAUAUUCUGGCCAAUUGUAUAGAUUUGUAAAUAUGAACAACCAUAUUCUGGCCAAUUGUAUAGAUUUGUAAAAAUGAACAUGAACAGAUUUUCUUAUUUUUUUAUUCCUCUUUUUAGUCAGCUUUAGAAUGUGUUCAUACACUUAUGAGCACCACUGUACAGUACACAUAGUAUAUAAAAUAAGAUAGAUUACACCACUGGCCAUAUAUAAUGACAAUAAUGUAAUUUCAAACACAAAUGCAGUCUCCUUUCAUGCAUACAUUUUCAAAUAAAGCUCUGCUUUGAGAAAGAUCGAAUGAUAUUGUUUAAUCUUUAUCUUACCUUAUGGCCUGCACACUGCUUGCGAAGCUGUCGAGGGCACGUUUGAUAAAGACAGCAUCGAUGUCCUUAUUCUGUAGCUUCUGGUACGGUGGGCUGGUCAAAUGAACCCAAUGAACCCGUCCGGAUGGCUUCAAAACAUUCUAUGAGGUCGUCUCGAUUCUCGUAGACAGUGUUCACGACUCUGCUGUUGCUAACCUCAUCGUUGUGGCGGCGGACAGCUAGCCUGUAUCCCUCAUCCAGUUGAGUGGCAAUAUUCACUCUCACCAAAGCAGACAAUCUCAAACAGCUAUCAAUGUGGGUCUUUGACAGCUCAUUUUUCUUAAUCUUUUCUGAAAGAUGGUGCAUGUCGGUUACACCAGUCGCUGUCCAAGCGUUGCUGUCUGCCGUUCAUGGUUACGUUACGUUACGUAUGACGAAAGCGCGUAAGUGCAAGCCCUCAGACACCCAUAGAGAAUGUAUUGAAAGCUCAGAAAUUUGAAAAAAAAAUAUUUUACAUUAGAGGCUAUGAGAGACUUCUGGGCGAUUUUCAACCUGACUGAAAUCGCCCCAAAACGGGCGGGGACAUUUGAAGCACGACUUUAGCCUGAUUGGACAUUUAGUGGCUGGCAGAUCAGACGUGAACACUGAACUACUGUUGCCAUGAUAUAAUUGAUUAGAAAAAAAAUCCCUUCCUUUUCCCGUUUGGCAGUGCGUCGCCCAUAUCGCCCUAUUGAACACACCGCCCAUGGUCCUCAGUGUAUUUCAGUACUUUCAAAUCAUGUAUCUUUCAAAUCAUAUUUUUCUUUAUGCGUUAAUGUUAAUAAUAUUUUAUCUUUCCCUCAGGCUGUUUCCUGACAAUGGAGAUGUCAUCAAUUUUGCGUCCUGGUUCGGCUUUGCUUUCCCCAACAUGAUCCUGAUGCUGACCCUGGCUUGGCUCUGGCUGCAGUUUGUCUUCAUGGGAUUCAAGUGAGUUUCAGAUCAUAAGAUGAUGUUUUAUCUUUCAGUCAGAGAUCAUCCUCAUUCAUCACUCUACUGAAUUCGAUUUACUGCUGAAUCACCCUAUAAGCCUAAACCCCUUUCUCUCCCUCCAUUCCCAGUUUUAAGAAGACGUGGGGCUGUGGGUCAGCGAAGACAGAGAAAGAGAUAGCUGUAUAUAAUGUGAUCAAGGAGCAGCAUCGUCAGCUGGGCUCAAUGUCUUUUGGAGAGCUGAGUGUGCUGGGUCUGUUCAGUUGUCUGGUGGUUCUGUGGUUCACCAGAGAUCCUGGCUUCGUGGCAGGCUGGGCCACAUACAUCUUCAACGCUGACGCAGAGUACGGCCCUUUACUCUUCAUAAAUACUACACAGUACAUACACAGCAUAUUACACAGGCCUGGUAUACUUUUCAAAUGGCAUUCUAUUCCCUUUAUAGUUCACUACUUUUGACCAGGGCCCAUAUUGCUCUGGUCAAAAGUAGUGAGCCAUAAAGGGAAUAUGGUGCCAUUUGAGACGCAGCCCUAAUCAAUACAAAAAAAGACUUGAGACCGUUACAAAAACAUUAGAUUGACAAAUUAUACACUAUAUAUACAAACGUAUGUGGACACCUGUUCAAAUUAGUGGAUUUGGCUAUUUACAGGUGUAUAGAAUUGAGCACACAGCCAUGCAAUCUCCAUAUACAAACAUUGGCAGUAGAAUGGCCUUACUGAAGAGCUCAGUGACUUUCAACGUGGCACUGUCAUAGGAUGCCACCUUUCCAACAAGUCAGUUUGUCAAAUUUCUGCCCUGCUAGAGCUGCCCCGGUCAACUGUAAGUCCUGUUAUUUGUCAAUGCUGUUAUUGUGAAGUGGAAACGUCUAGGAGCAACAACGGCUCAGCCGCGAAGUGGUAGGCCACACAAGCUCACAGAACGGGACACUCACUACCGAGUUCCAAACUGCCUCUGGAAGCAACGUCAGCAUAAGAACUGUUCAUCGGGAGCUUCAUGAAAUGGGUUUCCAUGGCCGAGCAGCCGCACACAAGCCUAAGAUCACCAUGUGCAAUGACAAGCGUCGGCUGGAGUGGUGUAAAGCUCGCCGCCAUUGGACUCUGGAGCAGUGGAAACGCGUUCUCUGGAGUGAUUAAUCACGCUUCACCAUCUGGCAGUCCUACGGAUUAAUCUGGAUUUGGCAGAUGCCAGGAGAACGCUACCUGUCCCAAUGCAUAGUGGCAACUGUAAAAUUUGGUGGAGGUGGAAUAAUGGUCUGGGGCUGUUUUCCACGGUUCAGGCUAGGCCCCUUAGUUCCAGUGAAGGGAAAUCUUAACGCUACAGCGUAUAAUGACAAUCUAGACAAUUCUGUGCUUCCAACUUUGUGGCAAACAGUUUGGGGAAGGCCCUUUCCUGUUUCAGCAUGACAAUGCCUCCGUGCACAAAGCGAGGUCCAUACAGAAAUAGUUUGUCGAGAUUGGUGUGGAAGAACUUGACUGGCCUGCACAGAGCCCUGACCUCAACCCCAUUGAACACCUUUGGGAUGAAUUGGAAUGCGGAUUGUGAGCCAGGCCUAAUCACCCAACAUCAGUGCCCGACCUCACUAAUGCUCUUGUGGCUGAAUGGAAGCAAGUCCCUGCAGCAAUGUUCCAACAUCUAGUGGAAAUCCUUCCCAGAAGAGUGGAGGCUGUUAUAGCAGCAAAGGGGGGACCAAAUCCAUAUUAAUGCCCAUGAUUGUGGAAUGAGAUGUUCGACGAGCAGGUGUUCACAUACUUUUGGUCAUGUAGUGUAUCUCACUUCCCACAUACUUCAAUACUUCACAAGAAUAAAUAAGCAAGAAAACAUGAAUUGUGUGUCUGAAUGCUGACAGAUAGUCACGCUAUCUUUAUCCGUUCUUCCCUCCAGGUAUGUAACUGAUGCCACAGUGGCAGUGUUCAUCGCUGUCCUUCUCUUUGUCCUGCCUUCCAAGGCCCCACGCUUCUGCUGCAGGAGGUCCCAAAGCUUUGACACUGGUAAACCAUGUUUUUAAACCACACAUAAAAUGUAACAAUCACGGUACCUGAUCUUGAGUAUGCUACUUUAGUAUCUAAGGAUAUGAAGACUUGAAGACCAUUACAAUGGCAUGUCUGUAACAGUGAUUUGUUAACCCCUCUACAGAGCACCAGCACCCGGCUGGCUCCACACCAGCUCUGCUUACUUGGAAGGUGGCCCAGAAGAAGUUACCCUGGAGCAUCGUUCUCCUCUUGGGGGGAGGGUUCGCCCUGGCCAAAGGCAGUGAGGUGAGAGACAGGGCCAGUAUGUACAUACAUGUACAGAUGUAGGAUCACCCUGUUGCAGGAUAACUUUCCUGACAUGCAGGAAAUGUAAAACGUGUAGUGUAUUUGAGGUUUACAAAAGGCUUCUGAAGUUUGUACGAAAAAUUUGUCAACCCCUAUAAAAAUGUUAGUUCAUUAUAAAUCACAUAAUAAUUCAUUUCCUGUUGCUACAGGAUUAUUUUCUUGCUGUAGCAAACUGGCUCAAAUUAAGAUUAUAUAUAUGUAUGGUGUAAUCUUUGGUUGCUUUCCACAGAAACUUUUUAACCAAAAAAGUCAGAUCCCCACUGAGAAUUGAAUCAUCCCACAUUUCAUCGGGAUCUUUGUGACAAAGUGACAUUUUUGCUUAGUCAACAUAGCUCUACCCUGUUCACUUCCCAAGUACAAUGAAACAUAUGGCAUAUAAUGUGGGAUGACACAUGUAACAUAUCAGCUGCUUACUUAGCCACUAAAGUACACUAAAAUCCACCUUUCUGUCUUUGCAUACCGUACACAGUAUGUACAGGUAACUGCCAAAAUAAAGGAAACGAAACACCAACAUAAAGUGUAUUAAUAGGGCGUUAGGCCACAACGAGCACAAAGCGUCUUGGCAUAGUUUCUACAAGUGUCUGGAACUCUAUUGGAGGGAUGAGACACCAUUCUUCCACGAGAAAUUUCAUAUUUUGGUGUUUUGUUGAUGGUGAUGGAAAACGCUGUCUCUGGCGCCACUCCAGAAUCUCCCAUAUGUGGGUUGAGAUCUGGUGACUGAGACACACACAAACACAAAUACACACACACACACACACACACAUACACACACACACACACACACACACACACACACGCACACACUUUAAACCCCCUAUGCUCCUUUGAAACCCCUCUUUCAAAGUCACUGAGAUCUCUUCUUCUAGCCAUGGUAGCCAAAAUAACGGGCAACUGUGCAUUUUUUUACAUGACCCUAAGCAAGUGUUUCCUUUAUUUUGGUAGUUACAGUACUUGUACAUAUAUAGAUGUAUGUGGGUCUGGUAAUGUAUCCGACACCAUAUGAAGAGUGCCAUGGUUGUUUGAGACUGAUUGUAUGGUUAUGGUUAUGUAUGUGCCCCUGCAGGAGUCAGGUCUGUCUAAGUGGAUGGGGGACCAGAUGACUCCCCUCCACACCAUCCCACCCUGGGCCAUCGCUAUCAUCCUGUGUCUGCUGAUCGCCAUCUUCACAGAGUGCACCAGUAACGUGGCCACGGCCACUCUCUUCCUACCUGUCCUCGCCUCAAUGGUAAGACUCAACACGCCGCUAUGUAUUAAUAACACAAUACUAGGCCCUACUACACAAUACUACACAAUACUACACCACUACACAAUACUACACAAUACUUCAUAAUACUACACUACUGCACAAUACUACACAAUACUGCAAUCCUACACAAUACUACAAUACUACACAAUAUUACAAUACUACACAAUACUACACAAUACUACAAUACUAUACAAUGCUACACUACAACACAAUAUUACAGUAUUACACAACUGGAAGCAGGAAUACAAUAGCUAUCCAGUCUGGUAAACUGCUCUGACACGCAGACACGUACAGUACAUGCAGCAGUAGUAGUAGACUACUUGCAAUGGGCUGAACACUGUAGCUCCUUGUUGUGAAGUACAGUAUUUACCAGUGUAAGCUCAUUCAGAAAUCUCCCCUAUAGGAGUGUAGCACUGAAACUACUCCCAGUGGAAGCCGGCCUACAUGUCCUUGUUUGGUUGCCCUGGCCUGUAGUUGUUAGUCAUUUGGGAUGAAUACAUUUGGUCCCCUUCCCUGGGCCCCUCCUUCUAUAGCCACCCUGCCAAACACACCAAUUGAGCUCCGUGGCUUGUCCUGGUGCCCACCCCCAUCCACACUGAUGAAUGGUAUCACUGUGCCCAGUGCCCAAGCACUCAGCGAGGAUCCAAGCUGGGCCAUGCCAGAAUGUUCCAAGCUGGGGUAUAGAGAGAGGGAUUUAUUGAGGUCAAAGCCAACAGGAGUGCAUGAAAAUGACAUAAGUUUAGAAAAGGGUGAGUGAAAGAGCGAGAAGGAUAGGAAGAAAAAUGGGGUUAGUGAACCAACUACUACUUACAGGGAAGUCUGGGAAAGAGACGCUGCUAGGAUGUGUGCUUUUGUGUCUAGCUGCUUGUUUUAUGUCUGUAUUGUCUUUCCAAACUGCUACAAAAAUGAAUCCAACUAAAUGAUAUAAUAUCCAUUAUAUCCGUUGAGGAAAAGCCUGCCAGAGGAAUGAGAAUUAUGACAUGAAAAAUAAUCUCAGCCAGUAUUAAUCUCAGCCAUUAUUAAUUUUCAAACUACAGAGGCUUCCAUUCUAAUCUAUGUUUUGCUAUUACACUGUGGUUCUACACCUUUCUGGAGACAUCUGUGGUGCGUUUCCAUUUUGCCUGCCUGCCAUGACUCAGACCCCAAACAACUUAGCAUGCAUAAGAACUACAUCUUAAUUACACACGCCUAAUGGACGAUUUUGAACCCUAGAAUUACAAACACUAAAAUCAGAUAGUUAUGAGCAAGUGAUUACGGUGCAGAAAAGCAGCACCACAGACUAGAGUGUUGUCAUUAGGGAUGUGUCCCAAAUGGCACCCUAUUCUGUAUAUAGUGCACUACUUUUGACUAGGGUGCAUGGCCUCUGGUCAAAAGUAGUGCACUAUGUAGGGAAAAGGGUGCCAUUUGGGACUCAAUCUAGGAGUGUCCUCCUCAGCCCAGGCGCAGACAGCUGAAGAUGUGUGUCUGUGUGUUUAUUUCAGUCCCAGUCCAUUGGAAUGAAUCCUCUGUACGUCAUGGUGCCUUGUACUCUCAGCGCCUCCUUUGCCUUCAUGUUACCUGUGGCCACACCGCCCAAUGCUAUCGUCUUCUCAUAUGGCUACCUCAAGGUUUCUGACAUGGUGAGUUAAAGUACAUCAUUCAAUAAAGAGAAUAUGAUCUACUGCAUUGUCAAUCUUAUUAUUCAUUAACAAAAAUCAAUAAUAGCAAAAAAAUCCUAAAUCAAUUUAGGAAAAUUCUUAAUGUGUCAUUUACUAAUAAUUUGAGGACAAUUGUCCUAGGCCACAUCAUUUGAUUGCCUUUCCAGUAUGAAUGAUUGCAAACAGAACUUGAAAUUCAUUGCACCUCUCUCUCUCCCAGGCUAGGACAGGUAUAGUAAUGAACAUCAUCGGCAUCCUGUGCAUCACUCUGGCCAUCAACAGCUGGGGCAGGGCCAUGUUCCACCUAGAUACAUUCCCUACCUGGGCCAACACUACUGGGGUGUGAGGACCCCGAGGGGCCCCGGGCCAGGCCAUGAAGAACGCAGAAAGAGGGCCCCUCAUGUGCCAGGGGCCUCUGGCGAGAACGUGACUGGUCGUGUUUGGGUGUUGGGAGAAAAGCCACGUAGCUUCCAUUACAAAGGACACUUGAAUCACCCUGUGGAAAGAGAGAAUGGAUGGAUGCAUGGAUGGAUGGAUGGAUGGAUGGAUGGGUGGAUGGGUGGGUGGAGGGGUUUAACUGGAGAGAAGAGUGAUGAAGGGUUAAAGUAGCACUACUGUACUUUUAAUGCUGUAAUGUGUUAUGCAGAGUAUGUCCAGUUCCAUUUAAAAUGCCCAAGUAUUAUCUCUAUCAAAUGAACAUGUUCUCAACUUCUCACUCUCAGAAGUAGCUUCUGCCUCAUAUUUGUUGGUCUGUUUAUAUCUCAAGACCCACAGUUGCUUAAAAUCCAUUUGGGGUUUAAGGUUUUUGAUCAACUGUUCAUUUGCACAAAAUAGCUUGUGAACUCUGUGACCAAA